AUGGCCGUCAAGAAGAUCCUCGUCGUCCUCACCAGCCGUGACAAGAUGAACAACGGCAUACCCACCGGAUGGUACCUGCCCGAGCUCGCCCACCCUUACUACGCCCUCGUCGGCGAUGACGAGAAGAACGACGUCGAAAUCGUAAUGGCCUCUCCCGCCGGAGGAGUCGCGCCCCUCGACCAAGGCUCCGUCAAGAUGUUCGAGAGCGACCCGGCGUCCGUCAAGUUCCUCAACAGCAAGCAGAAGCUCUGGGAGGAGACGCGGCCGCUCAGCGAGUUCCUCGGAAAGGCAUCCGAGUUCGAUGCCGUCUUCUACCCCGGUGGCCACGGCCCCAUGUUCGACCUCGUCAACGACGAGACCUCGCUCAAGAUCAUCCAGGAGUUCUACGAGGCCGGCAAGCCCGUCUCCGCCGUGUGCCACGGCCCCAUCGUCUUCGUCAACGUCACCGUCAACGGCGGCCAGCCCCUCCUCAAGGGCCGUGAGGUCACCGGCUUCAGCAACGCCGAGGAGCACGCCGUCGACAUGACCAAGAACAUGCCCGUCCUGCUCGAGGACGAGAUCAAGCGCGUGGGAGGCAACUACGUCAAGGCUGCCGAGGCCUGGGGCGAGAAGGUCGUUGUCGAUGGACUGAUCAUCUCCGGCCAGAACCCUGGAUCUGCACACGGCGUGGGAGUCGCCCUUGCGAAGGCUCUUGCCAUCAUGACGGGAUAA